UCGAGCCGAGAGCGUAGAUUUUUCAAUUGAACUCAGCGGGAAUCAGUAAAAAUGUCUGGCGAGGACAUUUGCGCUGUGUGUCAGCAGCCGGCACAACAAAAGUGUAGCGCUUGCAAGCUCGUAUUUUAUUGUAGUCGUGAGCAUCAAAAGUGUCACUGGAAGGAACAUGCGAGCUACUGUCGACCCUUUAAAAUCGAUAGAGAUGACACUCUCGGUAGGCACUACAUCGCGACGAGGAAGAUCGAAAAGGGAGAGGUGAUUCUGCGGGAAAGGACACCUCUAGUGGCCGGACCUCCUGUGGAAACUCCGCCGGUUUGCCUUGGGUGCUAUGGCAUCUUGCAGGCUGACAAUGCCAAACCUUGCGACAAGUGCGGAUGGCCUUUGUGUGGGGCGUGCCAGGGGCACGGGGGGGAAUGCCAGUUUACCACACAAUUUCGGGAUUCUAAGGUGUCUGUCACUGAAUUCGGAUGUCCGCAUCCAACGUACAGAUGCAUAAAUAUCGUCCGAGCUCUGGCCCUGCGCGAAAGCGACCCCAAAGCGUAUCAACGCUUUCUCGAGCUCCAGGGGCAGUGCCCCAACGACGAUGACUCCCUCGAUUGCAAUCGAGGCGAAGAGCACAAAGCGUUAGCAAGUUUCGUUAAACGAUUUUUCAAGAUCGAUCACAUAAAGUCAGAGGAGAUUAUUAAAAUUGCAGGUAUUCUCCAGAUAAAUGGGCAUGAAGUACCAACGACUGAGCCCCCUCAUAUGGCAGUAUACGACGGAGCUUCGUACUUCGAACACAGUUGUCAUGCGAAUAGUUCCAAGAGUUUUACGGAAAAGGGUGGACUCAUUAUAAGAGCUGCUGUUACAAUUAAUGAAGGGGAUCAUAUAAGCAUGUGUUAUACAGACCCCCUCUGGGGGAUCGCCAACAGACGGCACUAUCUACUGCAGACUAAGUUUUUCCACUGCCAAUGCACUCGAUGCUCCGAUGCAACCGAAUUCGGGACUAUGUACAAUGGAUUGAAAUGUAGCAGAAGCAAUUGCUGCGGAACUAUGCUCCCACCAACUUUCCUGGUCAGAGAUAAUGAAAAAUGCCCGGAUUACUUUUGCAAUAAAUGCGAUGAGACAAUGACUUGGCAAGCGGUGGAUGCCAAGCUGGAGCAGAUUGGAAUUGAAUUGGCGUCGAUGAAGAAGAACGAUGUCAACGAAUGCAUGAGGUUUUUGAAUAAAUACUCCAAGGUUCUGCAUGAGAACCAUUUCUACAUGGUCGAUGUGAAACUGGCGAUGUCUCAGAUGAUCGGACAACAGGCGGGUGGACUCGCCGCCGUGAGCGACGAAAUGCUCAGCGAGAAGAUAUCUCUGUGCAAAAAACUGGAUGAACUGUUUCGUAUUCUCAUGCCAGCUGAAAAUCGUCUCAGGGGUUUAGUGCUCUUCGAGGUACAUGCAGCCAUAGCUGAAUUCGGAAGACGACAGGGGCCGGACCAACUUCGGGGGAUGUUGAUGCUCUCACGAACGGCAUUGCGAGAGGCUUACGAAUUACUCCGGCACGAACCGGAUAUUCUGCCUGAGGGAAAGAUCGCUCGCAUAGCUAACAAAAAUCUCGUAGAAAUGGAUACUAUCAUCAAAACUCUCUGUCAAAACGCAGCUACACCAAUGUGAAAAUAAACCGAUAAUAAUACAUAAAGACAGUAAA